GACAUUUAUGGCGAACUUGAUGAAGAUCACGAAAAAGCACCAUAAGCAUCUUAACAACCCAUUCCCUUCUGCCCCAUCUUCUCUCCCUUUCAUCCAAGGAACCUUAAAAUUCAAUCUCCAAUCUCUCGACAACAACCCUUCAAACAUCCAAAACUAUCCUAUUGGAAACGAUUUUCACUUAACAUGUACGACAUCAUCCAACAAUGUCGGAGGCGGCGGCGGCGGCGGCGGAUACCUCUCUGUUUCACACCGAUCUCAUCCCUCCAAAAUCCUCUGGUCAACUGUCCCCGGUCGAGCCUUUAUAAACGCAGCCAUUUCCGAAACAGAGGUAGAAGAAAGCAGAGGAUCGUUCCUUGUCAGAGACAGAAAGCUUCAUUUGGUCUGUGAUCAUCAAACCAUCGACGAUAUAAUGAUGAUUCAUGAUACGUCAGAUGAUCCAAACUUUUUAUUUGGGUAUUCGGGUAUAGAUCACAAGAAUUCUCGAUUCCCUGUUUUAGUCAUAACAGGUAAAGUUUUCACUUUGAAUAAGAAGAACAAGAAGAAGCAGAUUCAGUUUUCUGAUGAACACGAGGAGAGAAAAACCUCAGUUUCAGCUAGGUAUUGGUUGUUCUUUGAACAAAAGGGGAAGAACAGCAAUCAACUUGGUUUCCAUGUAAAGCUUGGAAAGCCAGAUUUCCGAAUCAGUACUGUUUCCAACUUUUUUCCGUGGAAAUUGAAGAGAAUGCGUCGCCACGGGUGGUGGUGGAAUGGGAAACAACGAAGAUCAUCGUCGGAGGAGAGUCUAAAUCUGAUGACCAACUCGAAGAAAAAGAAGAAAGUGUGGCCUGAAUUUAACAGGGUUUGUCUCACAUAUGUUAGUGAGAAGGACGAAAAGUUCUAUGGAUUUGGAGAGCAAUUCUCUCAUAUGAACUUCAAAGGGAAACGGGUUCCUAUUUUGGUUCAAGAACAGGGGAUCGGAAGAGGCGAUCAGCCCAUCACUUUCGCAGCCAAUCUGAUCAGUUACAGGUCUGGGGGAGAUUGGAGCACGACGUAUGCUCCUUCCCCGUUCUACAUUACAUCAAAGAUGCGAUCUUUAUACCUUGAAGGAUACAAUUAUUCAGUUUUUGAUCUGACAAGACACGACAGAGUACAGAUACAGAUGCACGGUAACUCGAUUGAAGGAAGGAUCUUGAACGGUGAAUCACCAUUGGAGCUGAUUGAGAACUUCACAGAAGCCAUAGGGAGGCCACCUCGCCUUCCUGCCUGGAUUACUUCUGGGGCCAUCGUCGGCAUGCAGGGAGGAACGGAGUUGGUUCGACAGGCAUGGAGUAAACUGCAGUUACACGAAAUUCCCAUUUCGGCUUUCUGGUUACAGGAUUGGGUAGGGCAGAGGAAGACUGUGAUUGGUUCUCAAUUAUGGUGGAAUUGGGAAGUUGAUAUGGUAAGGUAUGAAGGAUGGCAGCGAUUGAUCGGAGAUCUUAAUGAACAUGGUAUCAAAAUGAUGACUUAUUGUAACCCGUGUUUAGCUCAGAUGGAUGAUAAGCCGAAUUGGAAAAGAAACCUAUUUGAAGAAGCAAAGAGUUUGGAUAUUUUGGUGAAAGAUGAGAAUGGAGAAUCCUACAUGGUUCCCAAUACAGCUUUUGAUGUGGGCAUGCUCGACUUGACACACCCGCAAACUUCUAGUUGGUUCAAGAAGAUUCUACACGAUAUGGUGGAUGAAGGCGUUCGAGGAUGGAUGGCUGAUUUUGGGGAAGGCCUGCCCGUGGAUGCCUGUCUCUAUUCAGGUGAAGACCCGAUAUCCGCCCAUAACAGGUACCCAGAACUAUGGGCGAAAAUUAACCGAGAAUUUGUGGAGGAAUGGAAAAUUGAGAACGAGGGUAAGGAUGAUGACGACGGCUUGGUUUUCUUCAUGAGGGCUGGUUUCACAAACAGCCCAAGGUGGGGGAUGUUGUUAUGGGAAGGUGACCAAAUGGUGAGUUGGCAAGCUAACGACGGGAUCAAGAGUGCAGUCGUGGGCCUUCUGAGCAGCGGAAUUUCAGGUUAUGCCUUUAAUCACAGUGAUAUCGGAGGCUAUUGUGCAGUCGACUUACCGUUCUUGAAAUAUCGAAGAAGUGAGGAACUUCUACUUCGGUGGAUGGAAUUGAGCGCCUUCACAACAGUUUUCCGCACCCAUGAAGGGAACAGACCAGGCAGCAACAGCCAGUUCUACACAAACGAUAAGACGAUAUCACACUUUGCACGAUUUGCAAAAGUUUACAAGGCUUGGGAGUUUUACAGAGCUCAACUAAUCGAGGAAGCAGCUCGAAAAGGGUUGCCAGUUUGCAGGCAUCUCUUCCUUCACUAUCCAAAUGAAGAAAGGGUGCAGCAACUGACCUAUCAACAGUUCCUAGUGGGGGAAGAGAUCUUGGUUGCACCGGUUCUUGACAAAGGCAAGAAGAGGGUUAAGGUUUAUUUCCCAUUAGAUGAAACUUGUACAUGGAAACAUAUUUGGACAGGGGAACUAUAUACUAAACCAGGGUCUGAAGAAUGGGUAGAAGCCUCCUUAGGCUACCCAGCUGUAUUUGUUAAGGUUGACUCCUAUGUUGGACAAACCUUUCUUAAGAACCUAACACAAUUCUCUCUUCUCUGAGAUAGAUUAAUACUCCUGUACAUAAAGAUUCUAAAGAUUAAGCAAGAAAAUGCAACAGAUGCACACAUUUUGUAUAAAAUAAUACAGUAUGAUGGCUUACAAAAGCAAUUGAAGAAUGAUAAAAAAAACAACCAACCACUUUUAAAAUUGAAGCCACAAAAGCAAUUGAAGAAAGAUGGAUGGAAUACUGACCUUCAUGAAGAUGAAAGAAUGAUUUCUGAUAUGUUUUUUAAGGAAGUUGGAUCAUAAGAAUAUUCCUGAUACAAGAUGGGAUAUUCUUCACAUAUUCUGAACAUGUCAAAAGCAUAUUAAUAAAGAAAGCAGCUCAAUAUUUUUUUUUUU